UAAGCUAUGAGUUUUCCACAUCAAAUCACGUGGUGUACGAUGAGAUACUAUUUAAGAAAUCGCUCUACUUUCCAAUUUAUAUACCCCAAUAUCGGUGAAAAUUACUAAUACUGGAACAGUGACAAUAACAACAGUGAUCAUGGAGGUCAAAAUCGUGCUAUCUUUGGUUUUCUGCGCUUGUGUUUGGCUCGUAAAUGGCUGUAACAGAAAUUCUAGCGACUGUCAUGGGGGUACAAUCUUGCAAUGUAGAUCUAAUCAUCGCAGAUCGUCACGAUCUUUAGAUGACUUCGCCAAGAGAACGGAAGGAAAUGCUGAAAAGAAAGGACAUCGUUACAGUAUCAAGCUUCAAGAUGAUCCAUGUAAUUUCAAUACUUACGACAUCGACCAGGACGGGGCAAUUGCUAAGGACGAACUUCUAGCUAUACUCAGUAUAAAUGAGGCAAACGACACUCUAUUCGCUCUCGUAGACUUAAUGGCAGAAGGCAGAGUAAUAAAACGGGACGAAUUCUAUGCCUUGGUACCUAUGUUGAUAGCUGAAUGUUACGACUCUGACAAGGAAUAACAUCCUGUGUCUAUUUCCGUGAAAGUGAUGUUUGUAAUAACAAUAGAAUUAAUACAGACAAUAAAAGACAUUAAAGUAAA